AUGGCUCAGAGCUGGUUGAUAGAAGAGGGCUCAUCGUCUCAUCCCGAGAGAGCGGGGGGAAGAGCAGCACAGUCACAGUUACAACCACAGGCACAAGCACAACCACAGGCACAAGCACAAGCACAAGCGCAGGCUCUGGCACAGGCGCAGGCUCUGGCACAGGCGCAGGCUCUGGCACAGGCGCAGGCUCUGGCACAUGCACAUGCACAUGCACAUGUCCCAGUCCAAAUACAUGCACAAACGAACUUGGAUGUACCUUACUCUAAAACUUUUGCAAAUAUGAACCAGCCUACCAAUGUGUCUUCCUCCAUGUUGAGGGCUCAAUCAACAGAACCACCAGUACCGACACCAAUACAAACAUCAUUGGAAUCAACAUCAUCAUUGGCAACCACCCCCCAUGCUCAGGCCCAGACACAGGCAACAUCAACAACCCCGGUCUUUCCAGCAACUGACCCAACUCAGCCACCUUCUUCCUCUCUACACCCUAUCGCCAUUAACACUUUCAAUAACAUCGAGAUUCCUUCCAACGAGAGCAGUUACAGCAGCAGCAACGUCUCUCCUGCAUCAACAAGCACACCGGCUACUCCAAGUGCUACCACUGACGCUAUUGCUGCUUCAAGCAGCCCAUCUAUCUCCUUCUCUGUUCUUGCCUCUUCUGCCAAGACUCCUUCUACUUCAACCUCAACAGACCCAACAGCGUCAGCCACUUCAACAACAUCCUCCAAACCCAAAGCGAAGCGAGUCAGGACCAGCAAACCAAAAGUCAAGACAGGAUGUACCAAUUGCAAGCAGAGACGUAUCAAGUGUGAUGAGGCCCGGCCAGCUUGUACGCAAUGUGUUCGAAGCAACAAGAACUGCACUGGCUACCCACCCCCCAGUCGCAGUUCCCGCCCCUUUGAAGAGGUUCGAAUCGCCCCGAAACCGAUGCCAGUCUACGACGCCCAUGUACCCUCGAAUGCUAUCAUUGCGCCUUUGCACGGCGACUACCACCUACUGCCACGUCGAGUGCACCAACGAGCAGUGUUGAGAGCUGCCUCCCCUGGAACCCCUUCCUCGUCACCCACUACUUACCAACCAUCCGUGGCUCUUCACAUCCAGCCCAGUGAAUCUUUCUACUUUGACAUUUUCCGCUCGCACACGGCCCACGAGCUAUCCGGCUACUUCAACAACGUGUUCUGGACCCGCUACGUGUUACAGGAAUGUCAUUCCGAAGAUGCUAUCAAGUGUGCUGUGAUUGGACUGGGUGCCCUGUAUCAGACCCUUGAGCAGACGGCUGCGCUCGACAUGCGUCGUGGAUCCGAUGCGAGCUCCGAGGCUCGAUUCGAGAUUGUUAGGGGCCAUUGGCAAGUGGCUAUCAGGCGAUACGGUGAUGCGUGCAACGCAUUGGUCAAACUAAACACUCAGGAUCAGAGAUCACACAGAACCUCCAUCAUGGCCAAUGUACUUCUCGCCUGUUUCGACUCCUUUAUUGGCGAUCACAGGCAGGCGAUCCAUCAGAUCCAAACCGGGCUUGGUUUGCUCGACAUAUUCCACACUCAGCAAAGGCAACGACUCCUGCCUGCGUCCGAAGAUUCUCUCGAGGAGGAACUCGUUACUAUCUUUACCCGACUAGCGAUCCAAGCAAAGUCUUAUGACAUGGCUUUCCAUUUCCCACAACCAUUCAGUAUACGGCUCAGUUCCCAGUCUCGACCGCAAUCUCCUGGUCACAGUGGCGCAAAUACCCCUUUGCAGGAGGAGCCCCUCUCUAUCCCCGAAACCUUUACCUCUGUCAUCGAAGCUCGGGUCGCCUUUGAUAACCUGAAUGUUCGAAUCAUGCGAUAUAUAGAGGAACUGUUCUCCAUGAAAUCGGAUCUCAAGGGCACACUUCCCCCAUCUUGGCUAGAUUAUGGUCUUUCGUUCAAGAACCAUCUCGAUAGAUGGGCCAAGGCUUUCGACAACUUGUUUUUCGCGCGACACAACCCCUCUAUCAGUAUGCAAGAGAAAGCAGGCAUUGCAGCUUUAAGGAUGCUGGCCACUAACACGAGAAUCCUGUAUCUUAUGAUGUUCAGUGAUAAAGAGUCCGACUUUGACAACUUUCUUCCUCAGUUUCAGACUAUAGUCGACCUGGGUAUUGAGAUAGUCGGCGACGAGGAGAGACGAGCUGCCGCGCGCGACUGCCCAAACCCUGGACAGUGCCAGCAUAGACAACGCGAAACCUGGCAGUCCCAAGACUUCUUUCCGUCAAUGGGAUUCUCAGCCCCUCAUAUCAAACCUCGAUUUGCCGCCGAUCUCGGCAUCGUUGCUCCUCUGUUCGUUGUAGCUACAAAAUGCCGUGACCCAGGUACCCGCCGUCGAGCCAUUCAGCUACUUCGCAGCAGCGCUCGUAGGGAGGGCAUGUGGGAUAGUGAGAUGGUGGCCAACAUCAGCGCUUGGGUUAUGAAUCUCGAAGAGUCAGAGACGCUUGCCAUGGGAGUUGAGUCCUACCCUGCCGAUGGUAUCUCAAGGCCCAUACCCCGCAUAAUACCCGAAGAAAAGCGCUUCACGAUUCGAUCCGUCGACUUUGAUUUGCGGACUCGUGUUGCAGACCUCCAGGUUGGUGUCCGCGGCCUCCCACCCGGCAUGCCGGACCCAAAGUUUCGCCAAACCCGAUUAAAUUGGUGA